GAGGAGGCAAGCAACAAGAAGCACAAGUUGUGAUUUUUGUUGUUGUUUGGAGUGGAGGAGAGAGGCCCUUUCGUUAUCUCAUCUCAUCAUCUUCUAUUUUCUUUAUUUUGGCCACUCUGUUCUCUUCACAUUCAUUCAUCUCUACCCUUUUGCGAGGGGGAGACUCAGACUCAUACCGCUGAGUUUGAACAAUUCUUGUCUUCUUCUUUAUCUGGGUCUCUAAUGGCGACCUGGGUCUUAUCAGAAUGUGGUGUAAAACCCCUUCUUAGAAUCUACCCUCAACCCAGAACAGGAAUGCUGUCGAACUCAAAGCCCUCCAUUCCGUCUAGUAUUAGGACAUUGCCGGUCUGUAAAAGUAGCAAAUUGGGUUUUUCAUUGUCCUCCUCAAGUGGGUUUAGAGGGCAGAAUUGGAAACUUAAUGUGAGUGCUCCAUUGAGAGUCUCCGAUGUUGGUGAGGAAGGUCAUGAGAAACGGCAAGUGGAAGAUGAAAGUGGGUUCGACCCUGGUGCGCCUCCUCCAUUUAAGUUAGCUGAUAUUAGAGCAGCCAUUCCGAAACACUGUUGGAUUAAGGACCCAUGGAGAUCUAUGAGCUAUGUUUUGAGGGAUGUCGUCGUCGUUUUUGGUUUGGCGGCUGUGGCGGCUUAUUUUAACAAUUGGGCCGUUUGGCCUCUGUACUGGAUUGCUCAAGGGACCAUGUUCUGGGCUCUUUUUGUUCUUGGCCACGAUUGUGGUCAUGGAAGUUUUUCAAAUAGCGCAAACCUUAAUAGCGUGAUGGGUCAUAUUCUUCAUUCUUCAAUCCUUGUCCCAUACCAUGGAUGGAGAAUAAGCCACAGGACUCAUCAUCAGAACCAUGGACACGUAGAAAACGAUGAAUCUUGGCAUCCAUUGUCUGAGAAAAUUUACAAGAGCUUGGACAAGGCUACCAAAAUGUUAAGGUUCACCCUGCCCUUUCCUAUGCUUGCUUAUCCUUUUUAUCUGUGGAGUCGAAGUCCCGGAAAGAAGGGUUCUCAUUUUGACCCAAGCAGCGACUUGUUUGUUGCAAGUGAAAGGAAUGACAUCAUCACCUCCACUGCAUGCUGGACUGCCAUGGUUGCUCUGCUCGGGGGGCUUUCCUUUGUAAUGGGUCCUGUUCAAAUCCUUAAGCUCUACGUUGUUCCCUACUGGAUUUUUGUCAUGUGGUUGGACUUGGUCACUUACUUGCAUCACCAUGGCCACGAGGACAAACUUCCAUGGUAUCGUGGAAAGGAAUGGAGUUAUCUAAGAGGUGGACUAACUACUCUUGACCGUGAUUAUGGAUGGCUCAAUAACAUUCACCAUGAUAUUGGCACUCAUGUUAUACAUCAUCUCUUCCCUCAAAUCCCACACUAUCACUUAGUGGAAGCAACAGAGGCAGCUAGGCCUGUAUUUGGGAAGUAUUAUCGGGAGCCAAAGAAAUCUGGACCUUUCCCCUUUCACUUGCUUGGAAGUUUAAUAACAAGCAUGAAAAAGGAUCACUACGUGAAUGAUUCAGGGGAUGUUGUUUACUACCAAACUGAUCCCAAGCUAUAUGGGCGUUUUCCAUCAGACUCUUCCACAUGAAGUAACCCCUUUAGGUAUGAAGAUUUCAAGGUCUAAGCAAUGAAUUCAUUUGAGGUCUGAGUUUAGCUAUCCAACUCUGUUUUGCACGACAGCUUGGGACGGCCUUUUCUGCCCUCACAAUUUUCCUUCUUCCAUUGGCCAAAACGGUGGCAUCUUAUAGAUAGUAUCUCGUCUUAUGUAAUGUUGUUAACUCUGCUUUCACCAGUUGUGUGUGUGCAAUGCAAUUGUGAAAUAAGUUUUUGCAUUGUUUUA